AUGGCGAGUCGCGCCCUCAUCUCGAAGCUCCCCUCCACACGACCUGCUAUAUAUUCGACAUGUCUUAGUGGGCAACGAUCCCAGGUUCGAUUCAUUGCGACAUCAUACCUCAAAAAAGUUGCGGAGGCCGAAGCAAGAUGGAAAGAGAAGGGCGAAAAGAUCAAGAACGGAGAGAUCCCACACGCAUGGGACAUUCUUGAAGAGAGAGGAUAUAUCAAGGAUGUGGCAGGUACACCCGAGAAGAUCAAGGAGAUUAUGCGAGUGAGGAGAAUAGGAUCCUAUGUCGGUAUUGAUCCUACCGCCGACUCAAUGCAUGUCGGUCACUUGCUACCGAUGAUGCCCAUGUUCUGGUUGUGGUUCCAUGGUCAUCCUGCUGUUACCUUGAUCGGUGGCUCGACUGCCCGCAUUGGUGACCCUACCGACCGACUUGAAAGCCGAGCGAUUCUUUCCAACGCAGAUAUUUCGAAGAACAUCACCAAGAUACACGUCCAGUUGACCAAGAUAUGGCAAAAUGUACAAGUAUUAAGGGAGAAGUACGGCUACGAAAAGGACUGGGCUGCCACCCAUCGGCUAUUGAACAACAACAUGUGGCUGGGAAACCUCACUCUCUACGACUUCGCCAAGAGGAUAGCCAGACAUACGAGAAUUGGACCUAUGUUGGCUAGAGACACUGUUAAGCGCAAGAUGACUGAGGGUGACGGAAUGUCACUGGGUGAAUUUAUGUACCCUCUCCUUCAGGGAUGGGACUUUUGGCAUAUGUAUAACAAGCUCGGUAUUCAGAUGCAGAUCGGAGGUUCUGACCAGUAUGGCAACAUCACCGCCGGUAUCGAUGCUCUCAAGACCAUUCGCGAAACCGAAGAGGCUCCUCACCUGAAGAUGCCUUCAACCUGGGACCACGAGCCAGUUGGAUUCACUGUCCCUCUACUGACUGACUCUUCUGGUGCCAAAUUCGGAAAGAGCGCAGGAAAUGCUGUUUGGCUUGAUGAGUUCAAGACGACAGCCUUCGAUCUGUAUGGUUACUUUGUCCGACGUUCAGACGAUGAGGUCGAAAAGCUUCUCAAGCUAUUCACCUUCAUGCCUUUGGAGAAGAUUUCCAAGCUUAUGGAAGAGCACCGAGCCAACCCCGCGGAGCGCAAAGCGCAACACGCUCUUGCUUUCGAGUUCGUCUCGCUCAUCCACGGUGGACAAAAGGCUGUCCAGGAGGCCAAGCAGCAUGAAUUCCGCUUCGGCACAAAGCCACGCGGCAUUGUUGGUGAGCCUACGGAGGAAUCCGGUAUUAUUACCCCCAACACUGCUCCGAGAAGCGACAUUCAACUGCCCCGCUCCAUUAUGGAUUCCUCGCCUGCCAAAAUUCUUCACGCAUGCGGUCUGGCUUCCAGCAGCAGUGAUGGCCAACGCCUCCUCUCGGCGCAAGGUGCUUAUAUCGCUGCUCAGCCUGGUCAGAAGAGAGGCCUUGUCCCUGGAAACCUGUCCUGGACGCCUAUGAAGGCUUGGUUCCCCGAGGAGACAAAGAAGUUCCUUAUUGACGAGCGCAUGCUCAUCAUGCGGAAGGGCAAGCACAAUGUACGCAUUGUCGAGCUAAUCGAUGAUGAGGAGUUUAAGAGGAGUGGUCAAAUCUAUCCUGGCCAGCCUUACACCGGCCAAAUGCGCAGACUAAAGGAGGAGCUCAAGAAACAGGUUGCAGAGGACGGCCAGGAGUUGUCGGACAUGGAGCUUACCAGAAUGGCGGAAAGGCAAAGGGACAGACUCAGAGUUGCCAACAACCCCAACAUUGAACUCCCUGACAAGCAAGAAAUCCGCGAACGAAACAACUCCAGAGGUGGGAACAAGGACAAAUAA